UUUGUUUUUACAGCCCUUCUCUUUAGUUCCGCAGUUCGAUCAAUAGAAAUCUGUAAAUAAAGAUGAAUUCUCUGGCGCAGGAGAUCCAGGGAUUUCCCGCGGCGCGUUUGAGGAAGCAGAGCACGAGACUGACGACCGUGACGGGCGAGAAACUCGUCGAGACGCGCCGCGGCGAUCAUUUUCACGUGACGCGCGAUUCAGAGCGCGAGAGUCGCGACGCGUGCGGGUUCGUGCAGGACUCGAGCCUCGACCUGCAAGUGGGCACCAUUACGCCAUUCCUCCUACUCUCAUCACAGGAUGCUGCUCACGAUAUAGACACGUUGAAGAAAUUAAAGGUGACUCAUGUGCUGAAUGUGGCGUAUGGGGUUGAGAACGCGUUCCCGGACCUCUUCACGUAUAAGACUGUUACCGUGUUAGAUCUGCCAGAGACAGACAUCACCUCAUACUUCCCCGAGUGUUUCGAGUUCAUAAAUGAAGCCAGUCAGCAGGGUGGAGUGGUGCUGGUCCACUGUAACGCUGGUGUUUCUCGCUCUGCUUCUGUGGUCAUCGGGUUCCUCAUGUCCCAGGAGAAGAUGUCCUUUGAUGAAGCCUUCAGCGCUGUGAAAACCGCCAGGCCUAACAUUCAACCAAACCCAGGCUUUAUGAAUCAGCUGAAGAAAUAUAAUCCAUAAUGCCACACAAAGACUGUUUUUAUAAACCAAACUUUUUAGCAUUUGGAUGUUUCUCGGAUUUCCUCCAGCACUUGAUGAGUUAACGAGCUGAUGAGUUGAAACAGGUGUGUUAGAUAUGUUAGAAAUGUGGUUGUUUUGGGGCUCCGGGAACAGGAUGGAGGAGCUGUUUUAGUG